AUGAAUACAAGAUCAAAAACCAGAGAGUUGGAAGAGAAGUAUGAACAACCAAAGAAAGUGUACAUCCUAGAAGUGAAGAAUGCAAAGGGGGAAAGUGAACUCAUGAGGAGUAUUAUGUUCGACCGAGGAGACCUCACCAUAAACCAUAAACAAAAGUUUACCAUAUUCAAAAAGCUUUUAAAAGAAGGAAACCCAAAUUCUAAGGACUAUGCGAAGAACACUGUCGCCAGUGUGGCCAUCGUCCAUCUCCAGUAUAAAAUGUUGAAAAAACUUUUGCGUAAAGGAGCAGACGUGAAAGAGCCGUCCGGCAAAACUAGGAACCUAAUAAUUCAUGAUAUCCUUCACAUGUGCUUUGAUACGCCCAAGAGGAAGAAACUGAUUAGCAAAGAUCGAAGACGAUAUGUAGUGUAUAUGUUUAAAUACGCCAUCAAAUAUGGUGUAGAUAUGAAUAAGAUUAAUACUCAUAGCGAAACUGGAGUCAGUCUUUUGGAAAAGCUGGAAAAAUUGGAAAAUGCGGAAGAGGUGAAAAAAAUAAGAUCGAUCUACAUGAAAAGUUUAUUAAAAGGAGAAGUUGAUAGUGAAGAAACAAAUGAAUCUAAUAGAGAAGAAGCCAGGAAAAUCUCAACUUGUGAGGAAGAUGAAGGAGAACUGGAUUCAGAAGGAUUAGGGCAGACAUUUACUAAACAAGAAAUUGACAUGGAAAUUCGAGAAGAACUGGAAAAUGAAGAAAUGAGCAAUGGAGAAGUUGUGGAAGAUUUGACUGAAACUAGCUUUGAAGACUGUUGCACAACCAUUCAGAACGAAGAAAAUAAUGGAAAUUCUCAAAUUCCUGCUGGUUGCGAAAAUGUUUGUUCAGAUUCUAAAGUUACAUCUAUCCUAGUGAAGAGAUCAGCAACGGCUCCGCCUUUUGAUCAUGUUUAUCAGAGAUCCUUCACAGAUGCUCCAGAAAUCGAAAACCCGAUUUUUGACCUUCCCGAAGUCAAUCAGCCGAAACGAGAUCCUCCUCAAGAGAUCGAAAUUUCCAUCCCACAGCUUCUUCAAGAAGAACAAUCAGAACAGAAGUCCCUUCCUGAAUCUCAAUUUCAAAAUGUUGUCCAAAUUCCAGAACUGACUUCCCUGAUUUCUUAUGAUGUGAAAUUAUUCACACUCUUUCUGGAUCCAAUUACUCUGGAAUCACUAAUUGUAAAUCAGUCAAGUCAAAAUAACAUGAGGAGCAUCGAAACUACGCAGAAAGAAUGUCUCUUUUCAAAUGUUAACGGAAUUCAAAGUUCAGAAACAGAUGCUCUAGAAUUUAUUCAGAAUCCCAAUACUCUUCAUACGAGUGAACCUAUGGGCUUUCAACAAUUGGACGUUGGACAGAACUUCGCUAACCUCAACGGAGAUCAACCGAUCCAAAUUCCGCCUGUUCCAGUGAUUCCUUCUGCUUCUUUAUAUGCACCAAACCUGAUCCCUCAGUUAAACUUCAUCAAUCCACCAUCUCUUCCUAUCAGCAACCCGGUCUUCAACCUUCCAUCGCAACCAGGUUUUUUCAAUACUCAAUUUUAA